AUGGGAUCCAUUUCAGAGGAUCCGAAUUUGCGACAAGAGAGUUCUUUAUUCUCAAGCCUUCCACCAACUCCACUUGACGAACCCUUUUCCGUCAACGGCGCCUACAUUCAAGAUAAGCAUCCGCAAAAAGUCAAUCUUGGAAUAGGGGUUUAUCGCACCGAGAAUGGAGAACCCUGGCCUUUGAGAGUGGUAGAGGAUGCCGAAAAGGAGCUAUAUGAUGCAAAGAACGUUGCCAGACACGAAUACCUUGCCAUCCAAGGUGAUCGUGAAUUUCUGCGGCUCGCAGCGGAUCUUGUUUUUGGGUUUGGAAAAGGGAAAUCCAGUGCCACAGGGGUGGUUGAAGAGCAGAGAAAUCGAGUUGUCUCUGUGCAAACAGUCUCCGGGACAGGAGCGAACAGACUUGGUGCCGAACUGCUGGCUCGCAACAUUCGCCCAGGAUGUGUUUGGAUUCCAGAUCCCACAUGGGCUAACCAUCAUACCAUUUGGGAACUAGCAGGUGUCAAAAGGAAAACCUAUCCCUACUACGAUAGCAUCUCUCAAUCAUUCAAUUUCGAAGGCACAAUUCGAGUAUUGUCCGAGUCUGCACAAAAGAACGAUAUUGUCAUUCUUCAUGCCUGCGCUCACAACCCAACUGGUGCCGACCCUUCGAAGGAACAGUGGGAAGCCUUGGUCAAACUAUGCAAUGCAAAAGGUCUAAUUCCAUUCUUUGAUCUCGCUUAUCAAGGCUUCGCGUCCGGAGAUGCCGACAAGGAUGCAUGGGCCAUUCGCCAUUUCUUCAAUGACGUGCAUAAGAUGGAGUUCUGUGUUGCGCAGUCAUUCUCGAAGAACUUCGGCUUGUAUGGACAAAGAGUGGGAGCUUUGCAUGUUGUUACUCGCCCUUCAGCACAUGACGUGACCCAAGAUUUACUGGCGAAUCUGUGCCACCUGAUCCGUGGAGAAUAUUCCAUGGCCCCGAGAGGCGGCGCUGAAAUAGUGCGAACGGUUUUGGCAAACGAGGGACUCCGUGAUAGAUGGUUUGAAGACCUCACUACAAUGAGUCAGAGAAUCCGGCGCAUGAGACAUGCCCUAUAUGAUGAGUUGAUGAAAUUGAAAACGCCUGGCGACUGGAAGCACGUUGUGAAUCAGAUCGGUAUGUUCACAUACAUCGGGCUAUCUGAGCGUCAAGUUUUCGCAAUUCGGGAAAAGUAUCACAUAUACAUGUUGAAAUCAGGUCGAAUCUCAAUGUCGGGAUUAAAUGAACGCAACGUUGAAUAUGUUGCCAUCGCGAUCGACGACGUCGUUCGUACAAUAAACUAG